GUACAAGCCUUUGAGCCGAGAACACGCGUUGUUUCUUGUGCCAUUGACUAAGAGAGAUUUUUAGCAGUUUUGGACGUAGUUUAUCUGUUGGGGGAUAUAGAAAACAGCAUCCAGAUAACAAUAUGUGUGGAAGAACGGCCUGCACCCUCGCUCCUGACGAAGUAUGCAAAGCCUGCAGCUCCAGGACUCUCGACGGCAAGGGUAACAAGCAGUAUCGAGCAGCCGCCUGGCGUGACCAUCCAGGGAACCACAAUUAUUCGCCGAGACAGAAUGUGGCUCCCACGUCCUUCACUCCAGUUAUGUUGAGUGAACGCCAUGUACGUGGAGUGAAGAGACAGAGUGAGGGAGAGGAGGUGCCAUCCAAGUAUAUUAUACAGCCAAUGAUGUGGGGCCUCAUCCCUCCAUUUUACAAGGGACCUUCAGCCACUAGUCACGGGUUCAAGACAAACAAUUGCCGUGUGGAAGACAUAGAGGAAAAGAAGUCAUACAAACCUUCACUUCUCAAGGGACAGAGGUGUGUUAUCCUGUGUGAUGGUUUCUAUGAGUGGCAGAGCACAAAGGGCGAAAAAGACAAGCAACCUUACUUCAUUUAUGCCCCACAACCAGAAGGGGUGGAGAUCUGGAAUCGUGAUACAUGGGACAAGCCUGAUGUUUGGAGUGAAGAGGAAGGCUGGAAGGGACCUCGUUUACUGAAAAUGGCUGGACUCUUUUCCAGUUGGACCUCAUCGGAGGGGGAGGAAGUGAUGAGCUACACAGUAGUGACCAUGGAGUCUGGGAAAAAAUUUGGUGAACUUCAUCACCGUGUUCCUGCCAUUUUGGAAACUGACCAGGAUGUUGAGGACUGGUUAGACCACAACCGCUUGGGAUACAAAGAAGCUCUUGCAAACUUGAAGAAUGACACAGAAAUGACUUGGCACCCAGUCUCCAAAAGCGUCAAUAACUCUCGCAACCAAGAAGGGGAUUUGAUGUCUCCAGCCAGCGUUGAUCAAAAACCUAAAGAGACUGCCAGCAGCAAACUGAUGGCUUCAUGGCUAAGCAAAGCUCCUCCCAAACAGAGUGGCAUAAAGAAGGAACCCACAACCCCAGACAGUAUUAAGAAAGAAAGUCAAGCAGCCAAUGUCAAAAAGGAGGUGAAGCCUUCGCCUCUUGCCAAGUGGCUUAAAAAGGAACCCAAAAAUGAAAAGGAAUGAAGUGGACUUUUUAAAUGUUGAAAUGAUGCUGUAUAAGACACUUGUGCUUGUUGUAUGAAGUGAAAAGUAACUGUAUGUUUAAAAAGAAUAUUAAGUUUUAUUAUGCUUUGGUGAACAUAGAAAAGACUGGAGAGGGAAGUGAAGCUGAAAGGACAGAUUGUGUUAGUACCUGUCUGAACUAAAGAAAAUUUUGAUUUGACACAAUUUUCUCAUGUAAGAAAGCACAGUUACAAAAUCUUUGAAUUACCUUGUAACCAUAAGCAAUAUAGUGGCACAAAAACUAACUGUUCUAGGUAUUAUGUAACCAGUAUUAAUAGUGACAAGAAAAUCGAACAUACCAAUUAUAUAUGCUAAUAAAGAAAGUUCAUCUGAUACUUCUUAGAAUUAUUAGAUUAAGAUAUAUAUUUUAAUAAAGAUUUUUUUUUUCA